AUGCCUAUGCCAAAAGCUGAUCUUGAAACAACAGCAAAAAAAGAAAAGACCAUGGCAGAGUUUUUGGCGAUGAUGGACAAUUAUGCGCCCAUUAUACCUGAUGCAGUUACUGACUAUUACUUAUCAAAAUCCGGAUUUGACUGUGAUGAUGUUCGCAUUAAACGUUUAUUGGCAUUAGCUACUCAGAAAUUCGUAGCUGAUAUUGCUACUGAUGCUUUUCAAUAUUGUAAAGUAAGACAGUCAGGCAACAGAAAGUCAGGCAAGGAGCGCAAGACUGUAUUGACAAUGGAAGAUUUGACAGCUGCUUUAGCUGAAUAUGGUGUCAACAUCAAAAAACCUGAAUAUUAUUCAUAA